CUGGUGAGGAGUAUUUGUUUUCGUUUCUGCUUUUCCCUCGAUCGCCACUGCACGCGGGUACACCGCACGCUUGGCAGACUGCGCCCUUCUUCUCGCCGCGUUGCCCUGUCGGUUACUUGUCUCGACGCGCUUUCCCUUCGCUGACCCCAUUUCUUCGCCUUCGCCUCAACUGUCUCUUCGAGGCAGAGUGAUGGAGCCCAGCAGAGAUAUUGUUCUUUCGUACGCGGGGAGAAACACGCUUCUCUCUUCGCAUUCGUAGACUGCAGCGCGGCAGUGCAGGUCGCGAAGCCAGCCGCGACAACACUCGAGCACGCAACCCAGCCUUUUUCGAGUGCUUUUUUCCGACAGGUUUUCUCUAACAUUUCCCUGGACUGUUUCGCAGCAAUGUAAGGCGCAGAUAGGCGCCUUCCGGGCGAAGACCCUCGCCUGCUGUGGCCUCCGGCUCGCGCCCGAUCUCGUUAUCUUGUGACUCUCUCUCCUCCUCUGCCCCCUUCGCCUCUUCCUCUGCUCUUCUCUUUCCGGCAUUCAGCUGUGUCAUCGCAGUUCCUCUCUCCCUUUCUCUAUUUCAAGGGAGGUUUCGUCUCUUUGUCUCACCUCGCCUUUCCCUGCGUACUUGUCCUCGGUCUCCCUUUCUUCUCGCGGGGAAAGGAGCAGAGUCAUUUCUGGACGUUCCAAGAACCUGGCAGACCAUGGAUUUCUCGCAUCCGCUGCAUGCGCGGCUGCGCCCGCGAGCGAGGCCUGGUGGCUCAGGCUCAGGCGCGGUGCAGGAGAUCUACACAGGUCGAUAUCGGAUGAGUUACGGCUGUCACUUUGCGGCAGCGAGCGCACACGACAGCUCCGUCUACGUGGUGGAGCACGACUUCAAGAUCUACCGACUCAUCAAUCCGUCCUCAGAGUCUCCCUCUCCAGCCUCGGCGGGUGCGGAGGGCGCCUGCGUGUCCUCCUGCUGUACGUACAGCUCAGACUGCCCCUUCUCUCAGCGCCAGAGCGGCAGCGCUCUGCGAGGAGAGACUGAGAGGCAUUUGCGACGAGCGUCGGAUGAGCGAAGGCAUCUCCGAGGCGGCACUCUGCCUGGCGAGCUCGCAGACGAGAUGAGGGCCUCGGGAGAACUCCAGAAAGAGUGGAGAAAGCAGCUCCUCGUGGACGUCAUUCCCUAUCUCUUCUGCAACCACAGGAAGGAGUACUCGAAGCUGUUCACAGGAAACAAACAGUUCGAUGUGCCGCGCAUGCGAGAGCUGCGACGGUCUUGCUGCUUGAUGGCGAACUCCUGCGACGGAAUGCUCUACCUCCUUCUCCACCAUACGCUCUUCCGGAUCUCACUCUCGGGUGUAAUGACACCGGUCGCAAACCUCGUGCAGGCUGCCACGGCUCUGCUCCGAGAACACUGCUCUCGACCUCUUCUGCUCUGUCCGCCGCGCGACGCUGGGGCGUCUGAGGAGCGAAGAGGGCCUUCGCGGAGGAACCUGUCAAGAGCUCAAGACAGAGAACGGCGAGAGCGAGCAAGUCGAGACCGAGACGCUUGCGCUGGCGUAGACACUGGCGGCCGGCAGCCAAGAGCGAAGAAAGGCGUCAGCGCCUCCGACGAGGACUGGGGCUUCGAGCCCCGCGGAGUACGGACACCUCAGGAAGAAGCGCGAAGAGGCUUUUCGAGUCGCGCGGCGCGUCCGUCAGACGGGCGAGCGAGGAGGGAAGCCUGUGGCUCUAAAUGCGGAGUUGCUUCGGCGUCUUCUCGCCCUCUGUCUCCGAAGAGUCGAGACUCGAGACACGCCGCGGCGCGACGCGAGAAGGCCCGCGAAGAGACUGCUGAAGAAGAGGACUUCUUUUCAAACCUGAGUUUCCAUACGCGCCUCGAUGGUGCAGACCCCACAAGCGCCCUUGAAGUCGCCACAUGCUGCAUUGAUGGAAGAGGCUGGUGCUUCUUCACCGUCCAGGGGACGGAUGACGCUUCUCGCUCGACUCUUCCGUUUGUCGACUCGGUGCGCCCGGCCAGCAGAUCCGCAGAUGAAGGACCGCCUUCCGAACGCAAACCCGAAGGUGUGUUGCUCUGUCUCGACACGGGCGCAGUGACGCCGGUGAUUCACCCGGUUUUUCUGCCUACGACUGUGGACCCCGCGCGCGUCUUCCUGCCGUCGGUCGCCGCGCACCCUGUCGGCGGCAUCACAUGCGCCGUCGGGCAGGCCGCCGUGACGAUCAGAAAACCUGAGGCAAGGCGCAGAUCGCGUCGCGAGAGAGAACACGCAGAGGUGGAAGACAGUCCAGACGCCAGAAGCCGAGCGCGCGUAGAAAUCAGAUCAAAAAGGGAAGAAGGAAGAGAGGACGGAGGAGAAGCAGCGAGGGAGGACGGAGGAGAAGAGAGCGAAGAAAAGGAAGGGGAAGAAGGAGGAGCUACAGCGCCGCCACAGGGGGCAAGCGGGAGUGUCAGAGAGGAUCUCGAGAGGAGGCGAGGACAGAGACAGAGAGAGAGAGGAGAGAGUAAGGAGGGAGAGCAACAGGAAGAAGAGGAGAUGGAGGGAGCAGGGGAAGAAUUGCGAGUGCAGAGGAGACCUGCAGGGAAUCGUGCAGCAGGGCUUCCAUUUGGAGAUGGAGAGCCUCCGGGGGAGGAAGCAAAACGCCCUGCACGGCGGCAGACUGAGGAAGCGAGGGAAGACACUUUCUCAGCUGAGCUGGGUGAGGGGUCUCCAUCUCCGCGUUUGUCUGCGCGUGGGGGAGAAGAGAACUGUCGAGAAAUCGAAAGGGAAACUGAACAAGGCAGUCUCUCGAAGGGGGAAACGAGGACUGGAGACGCACCUCAAGGGCUGCCUUCCUUCUUCUCGUCCUUCACGUCUCCCGGGUGUACAGACACCAGACGAGACUGGCGGGGCGCGAGUGCCGGCGCAUCAUCAGUCGCGGGGGCGUUCGCAGCGCAAGACGAAGGCGACGAGGAACGGCGAGAGGAAAAGGAGACACGGGAAGCAGAAGAGGAACGAGAAGAAGAAGAGGAGCGAGAAGAAGAAGAGGAGCGAGACGAAGAAGAGGAGCGAGGAGAGGAGGAAGACCGAGAAGAAGAGGACCGAGAAGAAGAGGAACGAGAAGAAGAGGAACGAAGAGACGAAGAGGAGCGAGAAGAAGAGGGGACAAGAAGUGACUGGUGGUUUUACCCUGUCGACGAAGACGAACCGUGGAGUCUCGUGCCCAUGAUGGAAGUGAUGAACAACCGAGACCUCCACGAGCUCGCCCAGCAGACGACGCUGAACUUUGGAGGAAGCCUGGAGAACAGCGUAUGCAUCUACGCCUUUGACCGGUACAGCGCCUGUUGCUGGCUCCUCUGGCAGCCAGGCCACUCCGUGCGCGAACAGGGGCGCGGCGAGACAGCCGUCAGUCUCGAGUGCGCCUACUUGAUUCAACUCCCCGCGGAGCUGUACUGGCAGGAGGCUCAGCGCUGUCUCCUCGCGCUCCGGGCGAAGCAGCGGGCGGACAGAAGAAGAAGGCGCGAACUUGCGCGACGGAGACGCGAAGAGACACUGACACUCGAAGGCCGAGGGAGAAGUGGAGAAGACUGGCAACGCGGGAGAAGUGACGAGGAGGCGAGUGACAGCGGCGAAGAAGGUGAUGAAGCGUUUAUGGCGUCGGCUGCGGCGGCACUGUUUGGACCGGGGGCCGCCGACACGGCGCUCGUCCCGGGUGUAUCUACACCUGGCGAGGGGUACAGCAGGUCGGCGGGAGCGCCGCCGGCGCUGCUCCACAUCAUUUCGCAGGACGCGCGGCACCUGGAAGUCCGGGAGAUGCUGCCGACAUCGACGGGUCAUUUGCUGAUCAUGGCAGAGGCGGGGAAUAAACUGAAAAAGAGCAGCAGACUUGUGCAAGUUGGCCGUCGUGUGGGGUCUUCUCCGUCCUCACCGGGUGGAGGCCUCGCGCGCGCCUCGACGAUUGCGGCCCGCGCCGGGACGCUGCACGACGCAGGCUCGGAGCAGGGCAGCCGAGGCUCUCAACCCCGUCGCGCCGAUUCUUCUUCUUCCUCGACGCUUGCCUCUGGAUCGCUCUUUGCGUCGCUCUCCUCGACCUUGUCCUGGGCUGCGGCGCCCUCUGGGACCUCGCCUCGCAGCGAGGGCGACGAGGGUGUCUCCUCGGAGGCAGCGGGUAUUUCCUCCUCGAUGCCGACCGCGGCGCUAGCACGCCGCCUCCAGACGACCAGGCGGCCAGUCUUGGGCGGGUCUCUCGGAGAGGCCUUACCUAUUCCCCGGCGAGGGACAGCGGUGUCCGCAACUGCGUCGCGGAGGCUCGGCGCCCGCGCUUCAGCCCGCCUGCCGCCCAUGACCGCCGCGGGUGUAGCUACAGCUGGCGACGUCCCGCGCCGCUUGCUGUCAGGGCCGGGCGCCGAGUCGGCGCUGCAGCAGAGUCACAUCGUCUUGGCGGCUGCGGCAGAUCCCGAAGGCGACGAAGACGAAGACUGCGACGCAGUCGUUCUCUUUCUCCUCGACGGCCUUCUCCAGUGUGAAGCCCCCUCCUUCUGGAGCGAGGGCGGGUCGCCAGGGGGCGCCGGCAGAGACUCCUGGGGAGACAGCGCGCUGUCUCGACACCCUGGAACAACCGGAAGCUGUCGCAGGGGGAUCGCGCCACUCUCUACAUUGCUGGGGGAGAGCAGCGCGUCGAGCCAGGCGGUUGGCAUGCCGAGGCACCGAGAGACUUACGAGGCGCAUCCGGCGGUCGCGGGCUUCUCUCGGGGCCUCAACCCGCUGCCUGCGCGUGAGGCAGGGACUCAGCCGAUUCCCGCUUCUCCACUUCGAGCGUCGUCGGCGCCCUCUGCCUUUCCUCUCUCUCUGACGCAAAACGCGCGCUCUCUCUGCUGCUUCUGCCGCCUGAGGCGCGAGCACGCAGACAGCCUGUCUCUCUCCGACGACUUCUUCGGACUCUGGACCGAUGCCGCAGCUCCUUCGGCCACCAGCAGCGGCCGCCUCGUUCUCCACCGCAACUUCCUCGACGUUGAAAUCUGCUGCUCAGACGGAGUGCGUCUCCCCUCGCACAGAGCCCUCCUCGCCGCCAAAAGCGCCUUCUUUGAGGCGAUGCUAACGGGUGCCUGCGUGUGGAGAGAACAAGAGCCCCAGAGCGACUGCGCCAGAGGGCGAAGAGACGGAAUUUGGGUCCUCAACCUGCCUAGCCACAGCAGCCGCGUGGUCGCGCCGAUUCUGCAGUAUCUCGCCACCGACAAACUGACGAUCCCCUCUCGCUGCUGCUGCUCGCGUUGCUGCCCUUUUCUGAGUGAAACGAGUGAGGCGAGUGACGCUGGAACGGCCGGCGGAGCCGACCCCUGCUGCUCCAGGUGUAUGUACGCGUGGCUGCUGGAGCUCUUCUCAUGCGCCGAGUUCUGCCUUCUUCAGCCUCUGCAGCUGGAAGUCCUCCACCUCGCAUGUCGAUGCAUCAACAAACACAGUGCUGUCUUUGCGUUGUGCAGCCCGUGGACCGCGCCCCAUCCGCGUCUCCUUCGUUUUGCCGCCCAGACUCUGAUGCUUCAUUUUCCCUGUCCAUCUGCUUUUCUUCGGCCUCUCCCUUCUGUCUCUUCUAACGCGCCUCUCGGCACCCGGCGGCACUCUGGCGAGCUUGUCUCGGCACUCACGGCAGAGAGGAGGGGAGUGUCUCAACACCUUGAGGGCGGCAGAGAGCAGAGAAAAGAGAGACGAGAGGGCGAGGGGAGAGAGACGCCUCUCUGUGUCUUGGCGAGGGCCCCCGUUCUUCCUCACGUCUUCUGUGCAAUUAACGCUUGGUUCUUGACGAGCCCGGUUUGUUCUCCCGUCGUCGCUCAGCUGGUGCAGCAGCUGCUGUCUGCGAGAAAGCCUUUGUGCCGAAGAACCCGCGCCAAGUCGUCAAACUCGAGCGGCGGAGAAAGUGAAUUGCUGCAAACGUCUCUCGGCAAGGCGACUCUGUUGUUCAGUUUCGGUUACCGACUCUGUCUGCCUGGGUACUCACCCUUCUCUCCUGAUAUUCUGCUGGUGCUGCCAGAGCUUUCGGAGACUCAGGCAGGGCCGAGCGACCGAUCUACGCUGCUGCCGUGGCAAGAUGAGGACCCAGCUGACUGCGGAUAUGACCCGAUGCACUGGCCAGGUAAGGACUCGGGUGUACGGACACUUGAAGACCAAUUCUCUGGGGAAGCCAUUCACGAGUCGUGUGGUCUUGUGGAAAUCUGGGGGAAGGCUCUGGGGUUGUCGAGAGAUGUCCGCCGACGAGUCGAGCGCGAACUGCAAGGGAUAAUUGCGGCUACGCGCUGAAGUAGCUGUGUCGGUGUCUGUCGUGGUGACCUGAAACUGGUGGAUAGGCGGGUCGUCACAUGGUGCUGGGUGUCUGCUUUGAUUUGUACAACUACUCUCAUGUGUUUUGGUGGAACGAGAAGAUGACGCGGCACCAGCUGCGGUGCAUAGUGACAAUCGGAGAUGCAUUCCUCGAUCCCUACGGCGUGUGAGAACGGGUGCCGAGAUCGGCCACGGCAUACUGUGGGCCAUGUGGACUUUCGCAAUUGCGAUAGGGACGAGGAUCUCUCACUGAAUUUCCUAACAGUAGCAGUGGUGUGUGCGGGGUAAAAUAGCGGUGUUUGUUCCUGUCGGGGCCACCGACAGUUUUUGACAACGCGCAGCAGUUUAAAAACGCGACGUCAGACUUGAGUGCUAUAAUCCUGGAUGAGGG